GGAUUACGAAACUUAACACAGACUUAUAUAACAAAACAAAUACAAAUUGCUUGUUUUAAAAUCAAGUUAGGAAUGUAUUGCGAGAAGCUGAAAAAAACAAAUCUUAGAAUGAAAAAGUAGCUAGCAAUCCUCAUCCCAACCGUCACAGCAACUAGCCACUCAAAAUAUUACUCAAGAAUCUUCUUCAGUGUUACUAAAGAGUGGGAUGCUGCUGGUUAAGCAGGGAAAGAACCAAACUCAGAAACUUUCUAAUGCAUGUUUUCAAAGGGUUUGUGCAGAAAAUGCCAAAGAAAAAAAAAAUCAUUAAAAUGAUGACUCAUUUUCUUCUUUUUGACUCCAUAAAAGCAUAGGCUUGUGCUCAAAACAUAUAUAAACAUAGCGAGUAGAAUAGCGGAUUAAGAGGAAAAAGAAGGAAGAUGAGCAUGAUUUCAACUUCAUUUCUUGCUUACACAACCAAAAUCACCAAAAAGCCAAAUCCAUACUCAAUCUUUCACUUUCUCCUAUUUUCUUCAGUUGCCAAUGCCAACCAACCCCAAAAAAACCCAUCUUUCUCCACAACUACUAUUCCCGCCAGACUCAACCACAAAGACUGGUUAGCCCCAAAUGAGGUCGUCCAAGUUUUCGCAGCCAUUAGAGACCCCAACUCAGUCCUCUCCGCAUUAGAUCACUACUCCAAGCGCAAGGACUACAAACCCAACGAACCUCUCUAUUCCUUAAUCGUCGAAAAGCUCACCCAAGCCCGUUUGUACGACGACAUUGAUGAUGUCGUUUCGCGGAUUAGAGCCGAGAGGAACUGCCAGUUAUCUGACGAGUUCUUCCGCAACGUCAUCAGGGUUUAUGGAAACAUGGCUGGUCGGAUAAACAAAGCCAUCGAGACUCUUUUCGAUAUGCCCAGGCAAGAUUGUUGGCCCACUGUCAAGACCUUUAACUUGGUUCUGAAUUUGCUCGUGUCGGCAAGGCUUUUUGAUGUCGUUCAUGAGGUUUAUGUGGGUGCCCCAAAGUUGGGUAUUGAGAUUGAUGCUUGUUGCCUUAAUAUACUGAUAAAAGCCUUGUGUGAAUGUGGGAAAUUGGAUGAUGCACUUAAGAUGCUCGAUGAAUUUCCUCAACUGAAGUUGAAACCGAAUGCUAUGACUUUUUCCACGCUUAUGCAUAGUUUUUGUGAUCGUGGGAAAGUAGAAGAAGCUUUUCGUUUGCUUGAGAGGAUGGAAAUUGAGGGUAUCGAUCCGGAUACGAUAACAUUCAAUAUAUUGAUUUCAGGGCUUAGAAAACUAGGGAGGGUUGAUGAAGGCAUUAUACUUUUGGAGAGAAUGAGGGUCAAGGGGUGUAAUCCAACUUCUGCCUCUUAUCAAGAGGUUUUGUAUGGUUUACUUGAUGCAGAAAGGUUUUCAGAGGCCAAAGAUUUUAUGAGAAAGAUAAUCUCAAAGGGUGGGAGUCCUAGCUUUAAAUCAUUCAAGUCUUUGAUUAAUGGACUAUGCAAGGAAAAUCAACUGGAAGAUGUAGAUUGGGCUUUGAAGCUGAUGAGAAGACAAGGCUUUGUACCCAAAAUGGGAAUGUGGAGGCAGAUUCUUCGGAGUCAAUUUGCUGGAAAAAACAAUCAUAUCUGUGAUUCUUUUGAAGAAAUUAUAGCCAGUUAGAUCACUUAAUGAUUUUGUGUUAAUGUUAUAUUCAGACAAAAACAAAACAGAGGAUUAAAACAAAAUAUGAUUACAUUUUCUAGCUUGAUCUGUUUCCAUUGGAUUUCAAAUCAAAACUGUACUGGUUGUUAAAACAUUUGGUCCUUGUACAAAUCUCCACUUUUACUGAUUGAUUGGUCCUUUUUUUUCCAAA